UGGCGAAAAAAUCAAAGAACUGAUCGCAAUGUUGGAACAGCGCAAAUUAGAGGCCAUCCAGUUCACUUUCAAGCAAGUCUCGAAGUACUUUUCGGAAGUUUUCAAAAAACUGGUGCCUGCCGGUAAGGCUAAGCUGGUGCUGAAGACAGUCGAUAAUGAGGAGGGCAAGGAUGUGGGCCCGGAAGACACAAACUCGGAUCAGUUCAGUGGGAUCGGGAUUAAGGUCUCGUUUACGGAAUCCGACGCCGAGAUGAAGGAAAUGAACCAGUUGUCAGGGGGGCAAAAGUCGCUAGUGGCCCUAGGCCUGAUCUUCGCCAUCCAAAAGUGUGACCCUGCCCCGUUCUACCUAUUUGACGAAAUUGAUCAAGCUUUAGACGCCCAGCAUAGGAAAGCUGUGGCGAAUAUGAUCCACGAAUUGUCGAGCGAAGCCCAGUUUAUCACUACAACGUUCAGGCCCGAAUUGUUGGAACAUGCCCACAAGUUUUACGGGGUUAAGUUCAGGAAUAAAGUGAGUCAUGUGGAGUGCGUGACGAGGGAAGUGGCCAGGGAUUUCGUCGAAGAUGACCAAACACAUGGCUAA